GGCGGCUUCAAGAGUUAGUAGUAGUAGUAGGCACUGAACAGGCGCGCACCGAAGGGGGCAAAGUGGAGCGGCAAGUGGGGGCAGAAAUAAAUCGUUCACCUGAGCGGGUCGCGCCAAGGAUCGACGUCGGUCUCUCGGCAGUGUCUCGGCCGAUCUCGCAUCGAUCACACCACCAUCACGUCCGUAUAUCAGAUCGCCAACACAUCUUUCGUGCGCCCCACAACAUUUACAAGCGUGCACUUACAUACGGUGUUCCGCUCGAUAUAGCAUCGAUUUUCCUCAACAUCUCUUUAUCCUUCUCUCUCUCCCUCUUCUCUUCGUUUAAUCCGUCUCUCCUCGGCCACUCUUAUCCGGCCUUCUCAUUUCCUUCUCCCUCUCUCUUUCUUUCUCUCUCUCUCUUCUCCUUGGUCCUCUUCCUCUCCUCAUCAGCAUCCCUGUACAUAUAGUUCCCACCUCCUGGAUCGUAUGCCUCUUUCCUGCCGAAGUGCAACAUCACCGCCGAUCGUUCCCACGAUUACUGUUGCGGCCACCGGCGAUCGAGGAGGCAGCAGCAGUGUAUCCGACGCAUAUAUUCGCGUGCAUCACUCGUUGUCACGUGCUGGGACCGGAUUCGAGGCGGAUCGACGAGGAUCCCGCGAUCGUGGCUAAUAUCGCCGUGAGCGAUCGAUCGAUCGUGGAUGUGAAGGAUCUACUACUGGGCGGGACAUGUCUUAGAGCGAGACGUUUCUUCGAAACUACGACGACGAAGUAAAGAAGAGGAGAAGAGUAAGAGCCCGGCGGAUCCAACAUCUCCAUAAUAACGCUCGACCGGCACACUUUUAGCUCUAGCUCUGCGAGAGGAGGACCGACUUUCUCCGAGUCAAGUUGUGAGCGCCAGCAGCUCUUCGAGGUCGCCGCGAGAAAACGCGACGGCGGGGACAAUAAACGCGUGGAAUCCAACGUGCCGCCGCGUCGAAUGACAUUUCGAACGGAUCCCCUUUCGAAGAAAUCCUGUGUAUUCUGUGGAUGACGUAGCCGUCGCGGGGAUAUAUCCGAGGACAAGAGACAUCGGCGAAAGGGAGGCAGUGACGAACGGGGGAUCGGCGCAUUUGCAUCUCGCGUUUCUUAUCUCGACGCUCGGGUGUGCUGUGUGAUCUCGGGGUGAACGCUCCUCUCGAUCAACACCGGUCAGAAUGAGGGUGCAUCGCGGGAUCUGCGCCAAACUACAGGGCGGCUUCCUCAGACGAUGGUGGGCAGCCGUUGCGGUCGGAGCUCUGCUGAUAAUCCUGGCCGCCGUUUUGGCGGUACUAUUUCCGAAUAUCAUCAAUUUCGUCCUCGAUAAAGAGCUCGCGAUACAAGAGGGUGGUCGUACUUACAAGUUUUGGAAGGAACCGCCGGUGGUACCGCGCAUGCAGAUCUACAUCUAUAAUGUAACGAACGCUGACGAAUUUCUGAAUAACGGCGAGAAACCGGUGCUACAGGAAUUAGGUCCAUACGUUUAUUUACAACACUGGGAAAAAGUCGACAUUAAAUUCAACGACAAUGGAACCGUUAGCUAUAAAGUGAAGAAAACAUUUAUCUUCGACGAGGAACUGUCAGCCGGUUCCCACGAUGAUCUUGUGGUCGUGCCAAAUGUUCCCAUGCUGUCGGCUACCAGCCAAUCGAAACACGCUGCCCGUUUUCUACGGCUCGCGAUGGCAUCCAUCAUGGAUAUCCUCAAGAUCAAGCCGUUCGUCGAGGUGUCGGUCGAGCAGCUGCUCUGGGGUUACGAGGAUCCCCUACUGAAACUGGCCAAGGACGUCGUGCCCAAGGAGCAGAAGCUGCCGUACGAUCAGUUCGGUCUUCUCUACGGCAAGAACUCUACCAUGCCGGAUCUCUACACGAUAUUCACGGGCGCCAACGAUAUUACGAAAUUCGGAAUGAUGGACAGGUGGAACGGCAAGGACGGCCUCGGCUUCUGGACCACGCCAGAGUGCGACUCCGUCAUGGGCACCGAUGGCAGUAUCUUCCCGCCCCACAUUACCAAGGAGACCGUGCUCAAGAUCUUCGACAAGGAUCUCUGCAGGACGUUGCCGCUGGUUUUUCAGCGUGAGGUGAUAGCCGCCGGAGGAGUCCCCGGUUAUAGAUUUUCUCCACCGACGAAUGUCUUCACUUCGGAGAAGAAUUUACCGUCGCAGAAAUGUUACUGUCCAGCUGGACCACCAUGUGCACCAGAAGGCACGUUUAACAUUUCCCACUGCCAGUACGAUUCGCCGGUUCUUCUCACAUUCCCGCAUUUCUAUCUUGCCGAUCCGGCCUUACGAGAGGCUGUGACGGGCAUAUCGCCACCAGAAGCCGAAAAACAUCAGCUCUACAUUGAUGUGCAGCCGAUAAUGGGCACGGCUAUGAAAGCACGAGCGAGGAUACAAAUCAAUCUCGCGGUUAGCCAAGUGCGAGACAUCAAACAGGUGGCUUCAUUCCCCGACAUCGUUUUUCCCAUUAUGUGGUUCGAGGAUUGCGUCGACGAGCUACCCCAGGAGAUGCGUACCUUGCUGAAAUUGGUGGUGGACCUGCCUCCGGUGGCCCAUGCCGCGGUUUCCGGCGCCCUCGCCGCGAUCGGGGCGAUCGUUCUUCUGGGAGCGUUCAUGUGCUUGGCACGUGCCGCCAAACGUCAGGAGAAACUUCACCUCAGCAGUCCGUUGCCGGCGAACGCAACCAACACCAAGACUGGCCAGGUGAAUCUAGCCUUCAGCAAGUAAAAAAAGAAAAAUUUACGGGUGUCAAAUUUAAAUCGGAUCGUGUGAUUGAGGGAAGUCGACGAGUGCGCGAGUGCCUCGAGUCUCAUCCGGCGACGAGAAACGCGCGAGGACCUGUACGAUAAUAUGCUUAUCUUAUUGUAAGACGAUGGGCAUGUGUUUUAUCUCUCGAUUAGGAUUGUUACAGGCGAAUUUAUCGAAGAGAGAGAGAGAGAGAGAGAGAGAGAGAGAGCGACGCGAAUUUUACGCCGAUGUGUUAGAUUAUUUAUGUUACGUCACUCGCGUGUACUUCUCUUCUUUUCCCCUCCCGUUUUUCGGGAGCGUAUUUUGACAGACGGAUGAGUCGCGUAAGUACAAAUAAAUUCGAGAUUUGUGGAGCAAGUGCUUCAGUAUUACGUACGUAAUUUUACGAAAUUAAGACAAAUCAAUGAUAUUUUUCUGUAAAAGAACUAACUCUCCGAAAAUUCAUAUCAAGAAAAAUACUUUGGGAAUAAAUAAUAUUUUACAUUAAAUUCGAUGAAAUAAUAUUAAAUUCGAUAAAUUUAGAGUCAAUAUUUUUUUUUUAAUGAAAAUUCUAUAUUUAUCGCAUUUUUUAAAAAUUCUUAUCAUUGAAUUUUUUUGGGGAAUAAAAUAACACUUUUAUUAAAUUAGAAAUUUAGUUAAAAUAGACGAGAAAGAAAGAUUUUAUUACACGUUUAGUUGUGAUUUACCAAAAUCUUUUUAUUCUAUAUUAUAAUGCUAAGGGGAAAAAAAUCCGAUCUUUUCACAGAUUAUCUAUGACGCUUCUCGGUGCAAUAUUUUUUCUUGACAGCAUGAAAAUGAAAAACGUGAGUUAUGUCAUUCUUCCGAGGAACUUGGCGAUUGAAAUUUACGAUGACAUUUAUAACAUACCGUAAUUGUUAAUAUUGAUGAGCGGCUUUCCUCGUUCUAGAAUCGAAAACAUUACAGAAUUUUAAAUCAACGUUUAAUCGCGCGAGACGAUAGAUAUAAUUAUUGUUGUGAAUUACCGACG